AAGACUGGGCAACUUGGCAGCCGCGCGGCCAGGUUAAGCGCGAACAGGGACUGAGGCGCAGCAGGUAACUACCGGCAACUACUGGCUGUCACGCUCACGAUGCCCGCUCGACCUCCGGAGAUGGCCAGUCACCGUCUUCCUCUCCUCUUACCUUCCUUUCUCGCCGGCUGCCUGGCUAGUGUUGUCCCUUUGCGGGUGCGUGACAGCACCGACACACUGCGACAGUCUCGCCCCACGAGUCACCACGUCCCUACUACUGGUAUACUACCUACGAUAUACACACGACAACACUCACUCGUCGGUCGACAGCAUCCACCUCGACGUGCUCUCAGCGGGCCGGCAGGUGCCGAGAUCGUACAUACGGACGGGAUAGGUGAUGUCGGUGUCAAUGUCAGUUACCUGCUUACCUACAUACCCGUAAUUCGUCAGUGGCAGAUAUGCACUGGAUUGAAUUUCCCCACCCGAGCUCGAGCGGUGGCUGUGGCGGGGAGGAUGGCACAUGUACGCGGGGGUCCCUUCUUGCUCCUUUAAUCUCUCUCCUUCUUUAUCUCUUCAAUUCUUUCUUUUUUUCUUUUUUUCUCUCUUUCUUUCCUUCCGCCACCAUGGUUGUUUUUUGCUUCGAUCGAUCAUCACCUGCCAAGUCUCUGCU